AUGAAGAUAUUAAUGAGAGCGGACACUCAUUAUAGCAUUGUCGUUAGGGACAGUGAAUAUGAAAAACCGAAAUAUACUUUCUCUCAGGUACUGGCUGCAGUUGCCGUCUCUAUGGGGUCCAUGAUAGUAGGAUUUUCCUCAGCUUAUACGUCGCCAGCACUGGUUACAAUGGAAAACAGCACUUCUAUAUCAAUAACGGAAGAACAGGCGAGCUGGGUUGGAGGCUUGAUGCCUCUAGCAGCGCUGGCGGGAGGAGUAAUAGGUGGACCCCUCGUGGAUUAUAUUGGACGGCGCAAAACUAUUUUGUUCACCGCGGUGCCCUUUUUCGUCGGAUGGAUCUUGAUAGCGACUGCGAAGAUUGUGGACCUUGUACUAGCGGGGCGCGCGAUAUGUGGAUUAUGUGUCGGUGUUGGCUCUUUGGCCUUCCCGGUGUACCUCGGUGAGACUAUUCAACCGGAGGUGCGCGGCACCCUAGGCCUAUUCCCCACCGCUAUCGGAAACAUCGGAAUACUGAUAUGUUACGUCGCUGGGAAGUACCUUGACUGGUCACAGCUCGCUUAUUUGGGCUCGUCCCUGCCCAUUCCCUUCCUAAUCCUUAUGUUCAUGAUCCCCGAAACACCCAGAUGGUACAUAUCGCGCGGCCGGACCGAGGAAGCGCGCAAAGCGUUGCAGUGGCUUCGCGGCUCCCACACGAAAAUCGAUAACGAAAUCCGUGAUAUCGCCCUAUCAGACGCCGAAAUGGGCAAAGACUCUUCCAUUACUGAGAUAUUCAGCCUGAAAUAUAUGAAGUCCAUAUUCAUCUGCUUAGGCCUUAUGGCGUUUCAACAGCUGUCUGCUCCACAUAGCAACUGCAUUCCACUUUUUAAGAGUAAACAUUUUAUCAGACUUUUGGCAAUCACUAUCACCGCGAUCAAGGGCUUCACCAUCUUCUCC